AAGCUGUUACCAGAACAGAAGUGGUGGUGGUGUUGACCUUGGCGUACGAAGAAGUUUGUGUGGUUGAAUUUUUUAAGGAAUAACAAAAUGAGUCUUGUCAAGCAAAAUUUUGAUAGUGAGUGCGAAGAGGCCAUUAAUAAGCAGAUCAAUUUGGAAUUAUAUGCUAGUUAUACAUAUUUAUCUAUGGCGUAUCACUUUGAUCGCAGUGAUGUUGCUUUACCUGGACUCCAUGAAUAUUUUAAAAAGGCGUCUGACGAGGAACGUAAUCAUGCUAUGAAAUUCCUAGAGUAUCAAAAUAAGAGAGGCGGUACAAUUCAUUUGGCGGAUAUUAAGAAUCCUGGGAAAGGAACCUGGGGCACAGCCAAGGAGGCCAUGACAGAGGCUUUGAAUUUAGAAAAAAUGGUCAACCAGUCGCUUUUAGAUCUGCAUGGGAUUGCAUCGAAUCAUAACGAUGCGAACCUAAUGGACUUUUUGGAAACUGAAUUCCUGCAGGAACAAGUCGAUUCGAUGAAGGAGAUAGCUGAUCACGUGACAAAUUUGGAACGAGUUGGCGAAGGGUUGGGUGUCUUCGUAUUUGAUAAGCAAUUAAAGGAUUCAGAUUAGAAUGAUGUCACGUAAAUAUUGUACAAUUAUUUUAUUAAAUAUACCUCGCGAAUAUUGUGAUUGACGCGGAUAGACGUAAAGGAUUCUACAAUACAAAACUAAUGUUUGGUAAGAAAACAAAAUUGACGAAAUUAAUAUUAAUAUUCUCAUUUAUACAUAAAUGUAUAUUCAUAUGUAGUUAACUAUAAUAGAAGCUAUCAUGAUAAUACAUUCUUUACGGUCAAUACUUGCAAUAAGAAUUCUACUUUGGGCCAUGUUAUUUCUUAUACUAUAUACAAUUUAAAAUUAUCUUAGGAGCCUAAAUCAGUAGCUUCAUUACAUUCGUUAAUGAAAACCUCAAAAGGAUUAAUAUCACAAUUUGAUAAUUAUAUAUAUAUAUAUAUAUAUAUAGCAUUAAUAUAAUGUGCCUAUUUCACCACGUCAUAUGUAUUACUGCGAUAAAGGAGAACAGUAAAAUAAAAUAAAUAAUAAUUAA